AUGGCCGUUUCCACAGCGUCGGCCUUUAGGCCAGGACGCAAACAAUCCGUCUCUUCUUCCGGUCCUGGCUAUCUGGAUUCUCUCAACGCACCUUCACCCGUUCCGCCUUCUCCAAGUCCUGGUCCACCUUCUUCUUGGAAUGCUAGCUCAUCAACAUUGGCUUCUUCACAACAAUCGAAAAAUCCGAACGAUGGAGGAAUAGGAACCAGCUUAAUAUCAACUGGACCUGGUGGUGUGCCUCUUUCGGCUGGCGCACCUGUUGCGGCAAAUACGAUUGGAAAUAAGCCUGCAAUCGCAGCUUCAAGUCUUUAUCAAGCAUGUCUGACACUUUUGGACAGACUAUGGUGUGUUCCACAAUUUGGUGAGACAUUUCUGCUAACGGGCGAGGAAGGCGCACAAGAAGGUGAUAGUGAAAAGAGAAGACCGGAAAUGUCUUCGUCCGAUCCUGUGACGCAGUUAUGGCAAUGCUUUCGAUUAGGUGCUCCUUUGUGUUGGCUGAUCAAUCAGCUACAGCCUCGCAAUGAGCUUCAUAUCAAUCCCGAUGCAAAUCGAAGCAAUGCAAACGAAUGCAAACGUUCUGUUGCAAAAUUCAUCAUUGCUCUCAAUAGUGAGCUCGGUUGGGAUCCAAGUGACAUCUUUACCAUUUCGCAGUUAUACCUCAACGAUACAAACGGUUUUGUCAGUGUGGUAAGAACAAUCAGCAAAUUGUUGGAUGUCUUUGAAUCAAGAGGAUUAUUGGUCGAAGCACCCAAGAGUUCUGUACCGGAUGAGUUACAAAAGCCUACAGAUGAUCGGGCUUGGAUCGUGCGGGAACUAUUGGACACAGAACGAAAGUACGUACAAGAUUUGGAAGUUUUGCAAAGUUAUUGCCGUGCAUUAUCGCAGAAUAAUAUCCUAUCACCGGAUACGAUCCAUAAUUUGUUCGGAAAUUUGAACAUGCUGGUGGAUGUGCAGAGAAGAUUCUUGAUUUGUGUAGAGGAGAACGUUAGAAGGCCUGCUGAUGAUCAACACUUUGGACAUGUGUUCCGGACGAUGGAAGCGGACUUUGCGGUAUACGAACCAUUUUGUGCCAAUUACGCACAGGCAUUAGAGAUCAUAGGUAUAGAAGCACCCAAUCUGCUACGGUUGCGUGGUAUGCCCGGAGCAGAUGAGUAUUAUUUGGACCCUUCGUAUGAAUUGCCAACAUUCUUGAUCAAACCUGUUCAACGUAUUUGCAAGUAUCCACUGCUACUAGAGUCAUUACUCAAAAAGACGCCUGCAGAUGCGCCAUAUUAUCAAGAACUCGUUGAUGGACUGCAAGUUAUUCGACGCAUCACAGAUAAGGUCAAUGAAACUCGAAGAGUACAAGAGAACAUUCAAAUCGUACGUGAUCUAGAAGAAAGAGUGGAAGAUUGGAAAGGACACAAUAUCAGCACUUUUGGCAGCUUGCUCCUUUCAGAUAUUUUCAUGGUAUCCAAGAGUGAGACUGAACGGGAAUAUCAUGUAUACCUGUUUGAGAAAAUUCUGUUGUGCUGCAAGGAGGUAAUGCCCAAUGCACCAAAGAAGAAUUCCAAGAGCAAUUCUCUACUCAAGAAUAAGACUGUGACGCCAACACCUCCCGGUAAGAAGCCUCGUACGACAUUGCAGUUGAAAGGCCGAAUUUUCAUCAACAACGUCACAAGUGCGAUUGCCAAUAGCAAGAUCAACUCUGUUUUGGGUGCAGGUGCUGGUGGUCAAUAUUCGUUGCAAGUUUGGUGGCGAGGUGAUGUUGAUCAAGAAUCAUUCAGUCUUCGAUGCAAGAAUGAAGAACAAUUGAAGCUAUGGCAAACAUCGAUCAACAGAUUGAUCGAAGAGGUCAACACCCGAAGGCAGCAUAUUGCAGCACAUUACAGUCAAACUGGAGGCGGAGGCGUUUCACCUAGUUUAUACAAUAUGGCCGGAGCUGGUGCGAAUGGAAGAAGGAGUGGCUCUGUUUCCCACUCCUUGUUCCCUCAGACACCAUCGACUGAUAUGGCACCUGCCUUCCCCUUCACUAGAGCGGACAGCCAAGCGGGCAUGUAUCGUUCUGGCGUUGCAAUGGGAGAUGAAGAGCACGGCGGAGCGACCAUGGAUGGAUCUAUGUUGAGUUUGGAUGGAUCGACAACUUCAGGUCGUGCAACACCUAUGGGCGGACGUUAUUCUCAACCUGCUGAACAUCGAGAAAGACAAUUGUCUCUUUCAGCCGAUACACGUCCAAGAGCACGUACGGAAGAUCAAGAUUCAGCUGUUCUGUCGCAGUGGCGCUCUCAUUCUCCCAACACACAACCUCCUAUGCCUAGAAAUGGAUCAUCUUCCAGUACUGGAGGAGAAUCUACUGGUCCGUCAGGAUUGCAACAAUUGCGCAAAGCUUCGAGUAGUAGACAAUUACGUCAAGGCGGACAUGCACAUCCCCAUGCUUUCCCACGACCUCCAGUCCGAACGGAGUCUUAUGAUACCGAUGGAACGGCAGAUCAGAUGGAGAGUUUGACGAUGCAUGGAUCUAGACAACGAGUUGAUUCAGCAUCUUCUCGCGGAACGAUGUCUUCUGAUCUUCACCACAAUCGAUCAAGAUCAGCUAGUAAUCCAGCACAGUAUAAUGCAAAUGCACAUGCUGGACCACCUCCACCAAUGCCUGCUAAAUCUGCAUUGAUCUCAUCAGCGUACAAUGGGGCCAUGCAAGGUGGUGUGGAUGUGAACAGGCAACGGUUCAGUUCUUCGAGUAUUUCCACUGUUGAUUCUCAGAGAUCCACGCACUCUAGACCUGGCUCGACAGCAGCAUCUUCGCCUAUCACAUUGGGCGGUAAUCCUGCAGUGGGAGCUAACGGUCAAUUCAAGCCACACAACGGCAAUAGCCAUGGUCACAGCGCGAGAUCGAAUCCAGCAGCAUUACAACAGCAACAACCUCAUCCAAUGCCACAACAAGCACAGAACUUUGGUGGCCAUUCAAAUGCGGUAAAAUUGGUCAUUCAUCAUAAUGAUGAUAAGUUGGUGGUUGUGGUUCUGUCUAAUGUUGGAUUGGCAGAAUUAACGGAAAAAGUAUCGAAAAAGAUACGAUUGAUUAGCGGUAAAAAGGUGGAAAAUAUCAAGAUUCGAUACAUUGACGAAGAUGGAGAUCGAAUUUUGAUGCACGACGAUGAUGAUGUUCAAAUGGCAUUCGAGACUAGUAGACAACAAGGAACAGAUGUUGAUCUAGUGAUUUCUUGAGAUGGCCUUUUGCGCAACAUAACGGUACGCUUGAUCGUGGUGGUGGUGCGAUCAGUGAAACCAAUUCUUCUCUUCAUGGCAACACACUUUUGGCUUUGUUCAGGAGACCAAUUGCAUUUGUAUAGUUCUGAUAUCCCAGCACAAGCACAUGAGCACAAAUUUCUUCUUUUCUUUGUUAAACUUCUACUUUUCCUGUCCGGUUUCUACCUCUUUUCGUUCUCUCUUCCUCUUUUCUUAUUGACUUUCAUUGGGCAGGCAUUGUGAGAUGCAUUCUUAUAUCAUUAUUAAAUGUCAUUGUUUUCU